CCCCGCAUGCUCCCGUCUGGAGUGGAGAAUAGCCGGAAGAGCAGUCGAACUGGUAAACUUGGGCCAGGCCGGUGUGCAAUUGAUCUGCCGAUUAAUUUAUCCGAAUGUCUUGAUUGUCACUCUCUUUUGUGCUACUGAAAUACUUUUGUCAUGUUGGAUGUUGGGAAAUGGCCAUUGUUUGCCUUGCUUCCACCACAGGACCUCAACUCCAUUCGCCUAGCCUGUGUCUUUGGAGCAUCUGGUAAUGAAACCCUAUAUGUCACAGAAAAUGAUGAGGUAUUUGCCAUUGGAACUAACUGCAGUGGUUGCUUAGGAACAGGGGAUAUUCAGAGUACAAUCGAGCCAAGGAAAAUUGAAAUUUUGUGUGGCAAGAAGAUUGUUCAUCUAAGUUACGGAAGUGGACCUCACGUGGUACUUACAACUUCAGAUGGAGAAGUUUAUGCCUGGGGAAAUAAUGGUUACAGUCAGCUUGGCAACGGAACAACUACUCAAGGCUUGUCUCCGUGUCAGGUUUCUACCAAUUUGCUCAAUAAGAAAGUAAUUGAGGUGGCCUGUGGAUCCCAUCAUUCCAUGUCAUUGACUUCUGAUGGGGAAGUAUAUGCCUGGGGUUAUAAUAACUGUGGACAGGUGGGAUCAGGGUCUACUUCUAAUCAACCGACUCCGCGAAGAGUGGCCAGUUGCUUACAGAGUAAAGUGGUUGCUACUAUUGCUUGCGGUCAGUCAUCUUCCAUGGCAGUUUUGGAUAAUGGAGAGGUGUAUGGUUGGGGUUACAAUGGUAAUGGACAACUUGGAUUGGGGAGUAACGGCAAUCAACCAACACCUUGCAGACUGGCAGCAUUGCAAGGAAUACAUGUGUGUCAGAUUGUCUGUGGCUACGCUCACGCUCUUGCACUAACAGAUGAGGGUUUGCUCUAUUCCUGGGGAGCGAAUGCAUAUGGCCAGUUGGGCAGUGGUGUUAAAAGCAACCAGUCUUGUCCAAUCCAGAUCAUGAUGGACAGGGAAAGGGUCGUGGAGAUCGCAGCCUGUCAUUCCACUCACACUUCAGCUGCUAAGACCCAAGCAGGUCAGGUGUACAUGUGGGGCCAAUGCCGGGGUCAGUCAGUCAUCCACCCACACCUAACUCACUUCACUUGCACGGAUGAUGUGUUUGCCUGCUUUGCCACUCCAGCCGUUACGUGGCGUCUCCUAUCCGUUGCAGAAAGUGACAAUCACUUGACUGUGGCGCAAUCAAUGAAGAAAGAAUUUGACAGCAUGGAAACCUCAGAUUUAAAGUUUCUUGUGGACGGAAAGACUAUCCAUGCUCACAAAUCUAUUCUUAAAAUAAGGUGCGAACACUUACGAUCCAUGCUCCAUGACGAAGAAGUGAUUGAAAUUGACCAGUUUAGCUAUCCGGUGUACCGUGCCUUUCUAGAAUACCUGUACACAGACUCUGUCAGUUUACCUCCUGAGGAUGCAAUAGGCCUUUUGGAUUUGGCAGCAUUUUACAGAGAAAACAGCUUGAAAAACCUCUGUGAGCAGACCAUUAAACAAGGUAUUUCCGUGGAGAAUGCCUUCACUUUACUAUCUGCUGCAGUAAAAUACCAAGCAAAGGGGUUGGAAGAAUUUUGCUUUAAAUUCUGUGUCAAUCAUUUGACAGCCGUGACACAAACACAGGGUUUUGGUGAUAUGGACCAUGAGCUCCUAAAGGACUUCAUAAGCAAGGCUGGCAAACAUGGGGCAUUCCGGAACUGAAGCAGCAACUCAAAUAUCCAAAGAAGGUGACGUUUUUAUUUGUAAAUUAAAUGUUCCUUAUGGGGGAAGAUUCUUUUUGAUGCCCCUCUGCGCGAGUUAGUCCACCAAUCCUUCAGGUAUCACCUUUGGCAGGGAUACAUGUUCAUGGAUACCCACUAUGACUAUGACCAAGUUACCAUUGCAUUAUUAACUUUAAAUAGGCUAUUUGUUUGGUGGUACAAUUGAAUUCUUGCUUGGAACCCAGAUUCAUUGUUCCAGCAAGUGGAUGCUGGAUUAUGGUCUGCAGUCAUGCUUUGUCUGGUUUUUCUUCUCACCUUAAGUCACAUAUUAUGGCACUGCUGUUGCAGUCUCAGCACAGUCAACGGUUAAAUCUGAGAUCUUCCAUAUAUGUUUCAUCUGCUCGUUGGGAAGGGGAGGGUUGCAAAGGGAAUGGCACAAAUGUCACACAUGCAUAUCUAUUUACCUAAUUUUUUGCACCAAUUACUCACGAUGCUUUCUGUGAAAUUAUUGAAUAAUAUCCAAAAUUCAAUUGGCAACUAAAUAUCCUGCCUUUACUUUCAGAAAUUUGUGUUGUGGUUCCUUCAGUCAGAUAUUUCAUAUCAGUCUGUCAACCAUAAAAUGAUAAAUUAAUCUCAUAACUGCUGAGAAUGUCACCAAGAAAUAUAGUUGGAUAAUUUGGAAUAAAUGCACUUUUAUAUAUAAAGCAAAAACAUGGAGGUUCAACAGUGCACUUCCUACAUUUUAAAACAUGAACCUUUGCUCUGAUGUUGCUGCUGGAAUCCCACAGCUGGAACUUUCCAUCUGAUUGACACAAACAUAUUUGAGUUAUGUGACAUUUUAAACCAGAAUACAUGCUGGACAAAGGAGAUUGCACUGCAGUCUGGAUCUUUUAAUGGUCACCUUAUUAUAUUUCACAGCAGAAAAAACUUUUGAAAGGAAUUUGUGCAGUGACUGUCAUUUAUCGCUCAUCAAAUUUAUUGCAUUGUGACUACUUUAUGAUACAUGACUAUGAAGCUACCUGUUCAAACGAUAUAUACAUAUAUAUAUAUAAUCACACCUGAAGAUUGAGUAGUGGAUCAUUCAUUCAUGAAAGUUGCUCCCAAUUCACUACUAGUAUUUCAUCAGACGAACCAGAUAAGCGGGUAACAAUCUUCAUUUCUACGAUCAUAAUAAAGUCACUUCUGCAUUCUACAAGGAUACUGGAAUAUUAAAAUGUGAGGAAUGGAUGAGGCAUAAUACAACAAUAUUUUACUCUGAUCAAGCACCUCAUCUUAAAUAACUAAUUUGAAAUUAUCUAAUAUAUUUAACAGGACAGCUUCCCUCUGUAUGCAUUUAUACACUGAACCGAGUGGGAUUAACAUGGGGGAAUCUUAAUUCAUACAAUAUUGCUAACCACAAUUAUGGGCAGGAAAUGUAAACCAUUAAGGGUUUGAGUGAACAUUUGACCUGUAUACAUGUCAGACUCCUGUGGCAAAGGUUUUAAUCAUGUUUGUCAUUGCCAACAAGAAGCAAAUGCAAGUUACUUUUAAAAAUAGUUUACUAACGUGAAAACAAAAGGACAUUUUAAUAACUGGAAAAUAUAUUUAUAAUUUAGAGGAGCAAACUUAUUGUUUUAUUUGUCUUGAGUGUUGUUGUAAUUGGUUUGGGCAUUUUAUGUUAUGAAUAAUAAUUAAAUUCAUCUCAAACUUAUUGCAGAAUUAUAACAGAAUUUUUUAUUUUAAAAGUUACUUUCAUAUUCAAGAAAACUGUAUGCUUAAAGCAUGGAAUGUUUAGUAUAAUCUGUUUAUUUACAUCAAAAACAUAUGGUUAGUUUUGAAACUGGAUGUUGGUAUUAAGACUAUAUUUAACUUGUUGAAUUAAAAUUAAAGUGGUAUUUUA